GCCAGGGAGUCCAGAGCGGCUGCGGCAGCACUCGGUGCGCGUGCGCCGAGGCCUGCGCGCUCUGCGGCGCGGUCCGCGGCGGAGGCGGCUCGAGCGGAUAGGGGGUGGCGGAUGGCUCUGCGGGGCCCGGCGGUCUUCGGGUCCGGUUCCCACGGGUCGUUGGACGAGGUCGGGGCCGAGGGGCGCGAGGCGGCGGCCCUUGCGGCGGCGGGAGUCGCGUUGGAGGACGAUGAGGAGGACGAUGGCCGCCGGGGCCUGCUGCGCUGGGACGGCUUCUCGGCCUGGCUACACUGCGUGUGUGUGGUGGGCUUCGACCUGGAGCUGGGCCAGGCGGUGGAGGUAAUUUAUCCUCAGCAUUCCAAACUUACUGAUAAAGAAAAAACGAACAUUUGCUAUUUGUCUUUUCCAGACUCAAAUUCAGGUUGUCUUGGAGAUACCCAGUUUUGUUUUAGAUUCCGCCAGUCUUCUGGGAGGAGGGUGUCACUACACUGUCUUCUUGAUGAAUUUGACAAAGAUUUACCAGUUUACUUAAAGAAAGAUCCUGCAUAUUUUUAUGGAUAUGUGUAUUUUCGACAAGUUCGGGAUAAAACUCUUAAAAGAGGCUACUUUCAGAAGUCAUUGGUUUUGAUCAGCAAACUACCUUAUAUUCAUUUUUUUCACACCGUACUCAAACAGAUAGCACCAGAGUAUUUUGAAAAAAAUGAACCUUACUUGGAAGCAGCUUGUAAUGAUGUUGACCGAUGGCCUGCCCCAGUGCCAGGGAAAACCCUGCACCUGCCUAUCAUGGGAAUAGUAAUGAAGGUUCGGAUUCCCACGUGUCAUGACAAGCCUGGGACCACGCAGAUGGUGCAGUUAACUCAGCAGGCAGAUACACACACAUCUAUUAUUUUGCCUACUGUUCACGAGGUGGAUCUUUUCAGGUGUUUCUGCCCAGUUUUUCUUCACAGUCAGAUGCUUUGGGAGCUGGUGCUAUUGGGAGAGCCCCUUGUGGUAAUGGCACCAUCGCCGUCAGAGUCUUCAGAAACUGUACUGGCCCUUGUUAACUGCAUUUCUCCAUUAAAGUACUUUAGUGAUUUUCGACCUUACUUCACAAUUCAUGAUAGUGAAUUCAAAGAAUAUACUACCCGUACUCAAGCUCCGCCCUCAGUCAUCUUAGGAGUAACCAACCCCUUUUUUGCUAAAACACUACAGCAUUGGCCACACAUUAUUCGAAUAGGAGAUCUUAAACCUGCAGGUGAAAUUCCUAAGCAAGUUAAAGUGAAAAAGCUGAAGAACCUGAAAACUCUGGAUUCUAAACCUGGAGUUUAUACUUCUUACAAGCCAUAUCUAAACAGAGAUGAGGAGAUCAUAAAACAACUCCAGAAGGGUGUACAGCAGAAACGUCCUUCUGAGGCCCAAAGCGUUAUUCUCCGACGAUAUUUUUUGGAACUGACACAAAGUUUCAUCAUUCCAUUAGAAAGAUAUGUGGCAAGCUUGAUGCCUUUGCAGAAAAGUAUUUCUCCAUGGAAGAGUCCACCUCAGUUAAGGCAGUUCCUUCCAGAAGAAUUUAUGAAAACACUUGAGAAAACGGGGCCUCAGCUCACCUCUGGAAUAAAGGGCGAUUGGAUUGGACUUUACCGGCAGUUUCUAAAGUCUCCAAAUUUUGAUGGCUGGUUCAAGACCCGGCGGAAAGAAAUGACCCAGAAAUUGGAGGCACUUCAUCUAGAAGCUCUUUGUGAAGAGGACCUCCUUCUCUGGAUCCAGAAACACACAGAAGUAGAAACAGUGGACCUUGUAUUGAAGCUGAAAAAUAAGUUGUUGCAGGCUGACCGUGAGAAUUUACCUGUGAAACCUGACACUGUGGAGAAGUUACGGACACAUAUAGAUGCAAUUAUCCUAGCCUUACCAGAGGAUCUGCAAGGCAUACUACUCAAGACUGGCAUGACAUGAUACUUGCCAGGUUUUCCAGCCAGAAAGGACUGAACCAUGAAGCAUACUGACAUUUCAUCUAGACGCACACAGGAGCUAUCUCAGUGGCAAUAGCACAGAAACAAGCAGCAAUUGCUAGAUACAGGUGGAAAGACUGAGCGUAUAAACAGACAUUUUUAGUGCAUUCUGUGGUGGUUCCACAAUACUGAAAUACCGAAAGACAUUUCCAUAUUUUUAAUCAUGUUCUAAAGUGCUCUUAUGAGAGACCUAUGGGGCCAUCAGUGUAAGUGACUCCAAACUGCAGUGCCGGCAUUGCAGAUAUUUUUUUAAAUUGGUGCUGCUUUGCCCAAUCACGUUGAACUCAGGGGAAUAUAAAAAUAAUGUUCACACUGGCUGUCUUCUUAAGGAGGAAAAACUGAACUUUCCAACUAUAGUUAGAUGUAACUGAGGCUUAUGUAGUGCCUUCCAUUGUCCUAUAUGUUUCACAGGGUCCAGCUGCUAAUUGUAAAGCUUUUUCUUUUUUAAUUAUGACACAUAAUUUUAAAAGCAUUAUGUCAAGUAAUCAUUUGCUCAAAAGCGUUUCUUGUUGCCCCUCAUGUUGGUUGCCUGUGUUUUAAAUUAUUAUGUAGGUUUUCAUGUCACAACUCUACCAUUUUCACAAGUAUGACUUAGAGGAGUUUCUCCAAAGGAAGGAGGCAUAUGUAGUUGUGCUUAUGGAAGAGCUGAUUUCUCCCUUCCCUUUCACUCAUUGGGCCUGUGUACACUACUUAGCUAGUUAGCUUGAAUGUCUUCUGAAGACAUUCUCACUAUGAACAUCAUAGUUGUUUUUUAAAAGAAUUAUUUUUAUGUCAAAGAUACCCAUAAGCCAUUCAUAUAGUAAUUAUUUGAGAAUUUUACAUUUACUUUUUUUUUUUUCUUUUUUGGUUUUUCGAGACAGGGUUUCUCUGUAUAGUCCCGGCUGUACUGGAACUCUGUAGACCAGGCUGGCCUCAAACUCAGAAAUCCGCCUGCCUCUGCCUCCCAAGUGCUGGGAUUAAAGGCGUGUGCCACCACCACUCGGCUACAUUUACUUUUUAAUAUUCUUUAUUGGGUGACACUAUUUCCCCUAAUGGAUGAUUUUCAGAAGACUUUUCCUGUUGUUUGACAUGGGACCUAUUGUGUAAAUCAGCAUUAUACUUGUGUUUGUUUGUUUUCAUUUUGUUUGUACUGCCUUGCCAAAAGUAGAAUGAGAUAGUUUGGUUUGUGUUUAGAGGGGAGUGUAUGCAGAAGCCACUGUUCAGAUAUGCACACACAAAGUAGCAUAUAUGUAAAUAGCUAUGACUUAAGUACCCUCCCUUCUGAACAGCCAAAACAGGUGUAUGUGUUUGUCACACAGUGGCUUCAGAAGCCAUCUCUUACUCUGUUGAUGUUAUUUUGAAGGGCAUUCCUGACCCAAGGAAGUUUCUCUGUGUAUGUGACCGUGGUCUCAUAUUUCAAGUGUACCUUUAGUCAUGGAUACAGUCUCUUGAAGCAUACCACUGUCCUAGAAAGAAUAUGGCAUUUGAAUGAAAUCAUUUGUCUGGAUUGAAUGGGUUAUUUUGUGAAACAAUACUGACCUUUCAGAAAAGGGGCAACUACUUUUAUAUGCUAAAGUACUUCAUAACUUUCUGGGAAACUUAUUUAGGUAGAAAUGGUCAUCUUAUUAUUUUUCAAAAAAAAUGUAUUUUAAUAAUUUCACAAUUUAUAUACAGUUUGUGACAUGAAUAUGAAAGUCAUUAGUGUUAUAUCAAGGAUUUUUGAAAUAUACUUCAGGAUAUAUCAUUUGAAGUUUAUUUUGCACAUCUAAAGAAAAACAUAAAAUAUCAAUUAGCAUGAUAAUGCUGUCUUUAUGUUUACCACAUAACAGAAACUCAACACAUGUUGAAAACCAAAUCAAUCAUAUUCACCUACUUUAUCUCUUAAUUUCAAAUUAUGUACCUGCAAGAAUAGCUUAAGGUUGCAUUGGAAACCCAAGGAAGACUGAAUGGUAACUUAAUUUUUUUAUGUCAGUUUCAGAAUUGUCUCUUUCUUUGUUUUUAAAGAGUCAAGUAUUCAAACCCUGCCGUUUAAUGUGUUAUUUCCACCAGUGUCAGAAGGAAUCAGUGCUUUUAGGGUGUUAUGUAAUGCCUAGUGCCUUCUAUUUUACAGUGAAAAAGAGGUUUUGUGGAGGCAUUUAUGGUCAUUACCAAAAGCUUGAAUUAAAGGCCUUGGAUUUUAAAAAACUUA